GAUGCAUGAUGUUGAGGUUAUAAGCGGUCUAACUGAACAAAACUAUCCGCAAGAUUUUUUGUUGAUUUUUUUCAAAAAAGGACAGAAAUAUCAUGAUACCGAAAAUGAUAUCCAUUAGAUGAAUCAAGAAUGGAUUGCAUGCCUCUCCUUAAGGUAGUUUGUACCAAAGUAUAACAUAAAAAAGACAGGCAUGGCCGAUGACCCCAUGCUGAGUUUGUUUGACACGGACGGUGGGAGCUUCCUGGACGACCUGACCGGUCCAGGAGGAGGACAGACUAUGGACAGUAAUUUCAUGGGACAGGGAAUGACGGGUGACCAAAUGCUUCAACAAUCACAAGGGUACGGUGUUCAGAUGUCCGACAUGUCAGGGAAUCAGUUCAAUCCUUACCAACAGGCCAGUCCUGCUCCCGAACAGUAUACAAAUGACAGCUUCAGCCAGUUUAAUGCCAGCCAGAAGUUACAGCAAAUGAAUAUGAACACAUCUCACAGUGGCAUGCCUUCUUCUCAGCCAAUGAUGAGCCCAUAUAGACAACAGCAGUUCAGACCCACGCAACCCAACAUUGUCCGAGCGGGUCCAAACAUGAGUGGGUAUGGGAAUUAUGGGGCACAGCAAGCUGGACCACGUUUACCUAACCCCCAGCAGCACAUGCCAGUUCAACAGAGUAUGCCCCAGUGGAAUGCUGGUCAGUCUAGUCCUAGUCGCCCUCAUUACCUACCCCAGUCUCAGAAUAUGAUGCAGUCCCAGAUGAUGCCCACAUCACAAAGCAUGCAGACAAAGUAUCUCUCUCAUCGUGACUUCCCACAAAUGCCAUCCUCCAAUGCUUCAGAUUUCUUUCAGAGCAGCCCUGUCACCUCAACUUCUUUUCAACAGUUUCAAGGUAACCCAUCUUCUAAUCAACAAAAUAUGUACAUGCAGAAUGUGGGUCAAAGAAAUCAAAUGCCCUCUGUGCCAAUAUCAAGCCCUAAUAGCACCAUGGGACACAUGCAGAGUACCAUGCAAUCCAUGGGUCAACAGCCAUCACAGCUGCCCAUGCAAAAUCAACCAACAUUCCAAAUGCAGAACAUAGGAAUGCAAAGAUUUAAUAACCCUUCUCAAUCAGUACCUCAACAACAUGGAAUACCAUUUCAGGGCAGUUUUCCACAACAACAACAACAACCUAUGAAUAAUGUUCAAACAAGUAGUUAUCAAAGGUUUACAUAUGCUCAGAUACCAAGCAAUACGCCUAAUAAACAAGGAGAAACAGGUGCACAGUUCAAUACUAGUCCCAACCAGAACUAUCGCCCUUACCCAGGCAUGCCCUCACAAAGGGCAACAACCCCCUCACCCCAUCCUCCAACUACCCCUGAGCAUCCUUCCACCCCUCAAGUCAACCCUAGGACACCAGCUCCCAUUCAGCAGAUGGAGCAACUUGUAUCGCCACCAGGACCACGUUCAAAUGCCUCCACACCUGUGUCUAGUCCAUUCCAUCAACAACCUGUAGGAAAUAGUGGGCCUAACUUCCAACACACAAAUGAUAUUCAAGUAACAACUUCUCACCCAAAUUCCAAUGGUAUAGGGCCCAUUAGUCCAAAUGUUAAGAAUACAGGGAAUGCUAGAAUAGCCAUGACAAAUACUGAACGUGAGAUACAAUACCUACAGCAGCAGUUAAAUCAGCUGCAAGCAGCUGGACAGACCCAGCAAACUCAACAGAAAAUGUUAGAAGUGCAGGAAAAAAUCCGCUCUCUCCGUGCAUCUCAAGAAAUACAAAGACAGAAAGCCCAUGCAAGUCAACCGAGUGGGUAUUCAACAAAUGGGCCAAUGCAACCACAGAGACAGCAACCAUCUCAAAUACCAACCAGUGUUGCUCCAGUUAGCAAUGACGGCAUGCAGGCAAAACCUCAGGUUGCUGUGCCACAGCAGCAAACCAUCCAACAAGCACAACAAACUUCAGUACAACCACAACCUACAAUGCAGCCCCAAGCUUCAAUGCAACAGCCCACAUUGCAACAGCAACAACCCCAAAUACAACAGACACAGCCUGUCAUGCAACAACCACAGCCCAAUGUUCAGCAGCAGCAACCUGCUAGUCAGCAACCUUCCUCAAACCCACAACAAGUGUUUCAAAUGGGACAGCCGAUGUUUGUCAAUCAGCCCCAACGCCCACAAAAUGUCCUCUUAGUGACUUCUAAUCAACAGCGGUUGUUGCAACCACAGAUGCAACAACAGAUGCCAAAUGCUGUGAUGAAUUCUCCUCAAAAGAUUCAAGUCAUUCUACAGCCACAGGGAACCCAGGCUGCUCCUCAGAUGAUCAGUCCUCAAGUGCCUCAGUCUGUGAACAAUCUACCUCAUGCUAUACCUUCCAAUGUGGCUCAAGUCAUGGCCCCUAUGCCACCUGUAGGGGCACAGCAGGGAAACAUUCCAUCAAGUGUCGUGCAACUUCAGAUGGGUGGUGUUACUCAGCCUGCACCCCAGCUUAUCCAACCACCACCAGGCACCACUUUUCCUCCGUUACAAGACUUUGGUAGUGAUAAUAAGGUUGGAAGUGCGGAAAAACCAAAGAAGGCCAAGAAAGCCAAAAAGCAACAAGAAAAAGCAGACAAGAUCGUAGCAGAAGCUGUGGCGAGAGCUCAGGCAGAAGGGAGGGAGGUGCCAAAGCUGAUGUCGGGAGAUAUUCCAGCCACGGUCAAUGAUGUGCAAAAUAAUGAGGAGGAAGAUUCUAAGAAGAAGAAAAAACGUGUUCGAAAACCAAAGACUCCCAAAAAAGAGAAGAAAGAGGGAGAUUUAAGUAGUGGUGAAAUGACCCAAGAGCUGGAAAGUCAGGGAGAAUCCACCAUGGAUGGAGAAAAGGUUGAGAAGAAAAAGGUCAAACCAAAAGCGAAAACUCCUAUUAAAAAGAAGAAAAAACCACCUGCUACAUUUUUGAAAAAGAAAAAGAGGAAACGUCAUGAGUCAUCGGAAUCAGAUACUGAAUUGAAGCAUGCUGUGGCAGAAACUGAGGAAAUAGAUGAUGACCUUAUUCAGAAGCGUCGCUCUGCUCGUAACACCAAAAGAAAGAAGUACUUGGAUGACGUGGAUUUGAAUCUGUCAGAUGACGAUACUCGAGACGUGGAACCUGAAGCAUUAGCUGACACCCCAGCAGCAGCCGUCAAAAUUGACAAUGUUGAGGAGGACAACAGCCUAAUUGUGGACAAAAUCUUGGGAAGUAGAACUAGAAAAAUGGACAAAGAUAUUGACGUGGACGGGGAAAAUGAGGAUCAAGCUGCUACAACUGAGGAGGAGGUGGAGGAAUUCUUUGUCAAAUUCAAAAACUUCUCUUACUUGCAUUGUGAGUGGAAAACUGCAGAGGAAUUGGAGAAGGGAGAUAAAAGGAUCCAUCAGAAAAUCAAGCGUUUCUUCAUGAAGAAAUCUCAGAACCAGAGUAUGUUCUCAGAGUUGGAUGAGGAUGAACUCUUUAACCCUGACUAUACCGAGGUACACAGAGUGUUGGAUGUGUCCACCAUAAGUGACCCCAAUGGUGGGGACGAUAUUACUCACUUCCUGGUCAAGUGGCGGGGCCUGCCUUACGAAGAUGCCACCUGGGAACUACAACAGGACGUUGACCCCCUCAAGGUGGAGCAGUUCUACAAGUUUAGGGAACCACCAGAAGAUGAGGAGAUAAAACCAAGAGGAACACCAGAAGAAUGGGUGAAACAGGAAGUCUCGCGAGAGUAUAAAAAUGGCAACUCCCUGAGAGACUACCAGCUAGAAGGAGUGAAUUGGCUGAUGUUCAGCUGGCACAACCACCAGAAUUGUAUUCUUGCUGAUGAAAUGGGUCUGGGAAAAACCAUUCAGAGUAUCACCUUCCUCAAUGAAAUCAUGUUGUACGGAAUUAAGGGACCAUUCCUCGUGGUCGUCCCUCUGUCUACCCUGGGAAACUGGGAAAGAGAGUUUGAAACCUGGACUGAUAUUAAUGCUAUCGUGUAUCAUGGAAGUUCUACCAGCCGUAACAUGCUCCAGGCCUAUGAAAUGUUUUACAAAGAUGAAAAAGGACAACGAAUUCCAAACAAGUUUAAAUUCCAUGCUCUGAUUACUACUUACGAAGUGAUUAUUUCUGAUUGUGAGUUGCUGAGUGACAUUGAAUGGAGAGUCCUCAUUAUUGACGAAGCUCAUAGAUUGAAGAACGCCAAAUGUAAACUAAUGGAGGGAUUAAAAAUGUUUGAUUGUGAGCACCAUGUCCUUCUGUCAGGGACACCAUUACAGAACAACACUGAAGAGCUGCACAGUCUUCUCAGCUUCCUGGAACCGGAGAGAUUCAAGUCCACCCAGGCCUUCAUGGCAGAAUUCGGGGAUCUUAAAACGGAUGCUCAAGUGGAGAAGCUUAAAGCUAUUCUAAAGCCAAUGAUGUUGAGAAGAUUGAAGGAAGAUGUAGAAAAGAAUCUAGCUGCCAAAGAAGAAACCAUAGUUGAGGUUGAAUUAACCAACAUCCAGAAGAAAUAUUAUAGAGCCAUUUUGGAGCGCAACUUUACAUUUUUAUCUAAAGGCACAGGAUCUUCAGCUAAUGUACCAAAUCUGCUUAAUACCAUGAUGGAGUUGCGAAAAUGCUGCAAUCACCCCUAUCUUAUUAAAGGUGCUGAAGACAAGAUUUUGAGUGAGAGCAAGGAGAGCAAAGGAAAUGAUGCUGAAUCUGUGUUCCGUACAAUGGUGCAGUCCUGUGGUAAAAUGGUGCUACUUGACAAACUCCUCCCCAAGCUGAAGCAGGGGGGACACAAAGUCUUGAUCUUCUCUCAGAUGAUCCGAGUACUGGACAUCUUGGAGGAUUAUCUCAUACAUAGGCAGUACCUGUUUGAGCGUCUUGAUGGCAGGAUUUGUGGAAAGUUGCGACAAGAGGCCAUAGACAGGUUUUCUAAGCCGGAGUCGGAUCGGUUUGUCUUCCUACUGUGUACCAGAGCUGGUGGUUUGGGAAUCAACCUGACAGCUGCUGACACAGUCAUUAUAUACGACUCGGACUGGAAUCCUCAGAAUGAUCUACAGGCUCAAGCCCGUUGUCACAGAAUAGGGCAAACAAAGGAGGUCAAAGUUUACCGUCUCGUGACAAGAAACUCAUAUGAGCGUGAAAUGUUUGACAAGGCUUCUCGCAAGCUGGGUCUGGACAAAGCUGUCCUGCAGUCCAUGGGCUCAGAUAAAGCAGCACCGCAAGCUCAGAUGACUAAGAAGGAGAUUGAGGAGCUGUUACGUAAAGGAGCUUAUGGAGCUCUGAUGGAUGAUGAUAAGGCUGGGGAUGAAUUCUGUGAGGAGGACAUUGACCAAAUCCUCCAGCGCCGUACUCAGGUCAUCCAGAUCGAAUCCGAAGGAAAGGGAUCAACUUUUGCCAAGGCAAGUUUCUCAAUGUCAGGCACCAGAACGGAUAUCGACAUCAAUGAUCCAAAUUUCUGGCAGAAGUGGGCCAAAAAAGCAGAUGUAGAUGUGGAGGGAAUGAAACACAAGAAUGAGUUGAUUAUACAAGAGCCCAGACAGAGGAAGCAAACAACAAGAUACGGGAACGACGACAACAUGAUGGAGAUAUCUGACCUAGACUCCUCUAGUAACAGUGACGAUGACGACGAUGAAUCAAGGAAAACCAGGGGUGGGAUGAAGAAGAGAGGACGCCCAGGCAGGAAAAGACGGGGCUCGGACGAUGAUUACGAUGCUGAUGAUGCUGAGGGCUAUGGAAGGUCUGAUUGCUUCAAAGUGGAGAAAAACCUUCUGGUCUACGGAUAUGGAAAUUGACUUAUAUGAAUUAUCGAAAAAGAGAAUUUCAGUUGUUCAGAAGAGAGAUUAAUUAUUUAAAUUUUCUUUUUGCAGCUUAUUUAUUCAUUGCAACAGUACAAGGGAGAUGAGAAGAUUAAGGAAUUUAUAUGGGACUUAAUUUCACCUUCAAGUGAUGGGUCUCUUAAAAACCACUCAGGGUUGUCUGCUCCUGUUCCCCGAGGAAGGAAAGGCAAGAACAAGAAGAAGGAAGGAAAAGUGGAGGGUGGCAGUGGUAGUGAACUUUUCAAGUACAACAAAAUGAAGAACUGUGAUCCAGAAAUAGUGCUACGAGAUCCAGGCUACCGCAAACAUCUACACAGACAUGCUAACAAAGUGCUACUAAGGGUUAGAUUACUGUACUAUCUAAAAGAAGAAAUCAUUGGACCUGAAGCUGCUGAAAAAGUUACUCAGGGAUUAAAUGCAAGUGAUAUUGACAUACCCCAGGCUGAGCCAGAUGGAGACCCACCCACUGCCUGGUGGGACGAGGAGGCAGAUAAAUCCCUCCUAAUAGGGGUAUAUAAACAUGGCUAUGAGAAAUACAAUAUGAUGAGACAAGAUCCUGCAUUGAUAUUCCUGGGCAAAUGUGGACCACCAGAUGGAGCUGCAUUAGCAGCAGAACAAAACGAUGAUGACGAUGAUGAUUUGGAUGAGUCUAAGAUCAAACAGGAUGAUGAUGAAGAUGUAUCAAUGAGCUCAAUACCCGAGUCCAGCAAAAAAUCUACCCCUACUAGUGCCCCACCCCCUGAAAAGUUGGAGGGCGGAGAGGGUACAGAGGAAGACAAGAUGCCCUUCCCAUCAUCCUCAGAUCUCAACACGAGGCUACGAAGAAUCAUCACUGGCUUCCAGCGUAAUCACAAGAGGAUGCUGAUUAAAAAUGCCCAGAAAGUCAAGAGAAUGGAGCGCCGUGAAAGGUUUGAAGCUGUGCUUAAGGAGCGAGAGAGCCAGAGAAUGCAGUAUCAGCAAUGGUCUGUACCAGACCCCUAUGGUCUAUCCCUCCAACACUUGUCAGAGAGUACAAGCCGCUGGUCCAGACGGGAGGAACAGGAUUUCUACAGGGUCAUUUCCAGCUUUGGUGUGGAGUUUGACCUCGUUACCGGCCGCUAUAAAUGGGACCGAUUCCGACAGCUGGCACACCUAGAAAAGAAGUUUGAUGACACACUGACAGAGUACUUCCAAGCAUUUUAUCACAUGUGUAUGAGGGUGUGCAAGAAGUUUAAAAAUGAUGACGAUGCUCUUCCACCCAAUAAUAUCUAUGUUGAUCCCAUCACGGAAGAAAGAGCCAGCCGUUGUUUGGCUCGGAUCGACAUGCUGAACAAGAUCCGCACAGAGACACUGAACCAUCCCAAGCUGGAUGAGAGAGUUAAACUGUGUCAGCCAUCAUACGACCUGCCACCCUGGUGGAUCUGUGGUCAGCAUGACAAGGACCUCCUUAUAGGAGCAGCAAGACAUGGUGUUGUGAGGACAGACUACCAUAUCUUGUUUGAUCCAACUCUGUCUUUUAUUGAUGUCAUUAAGAAUAAACAAACAGCUAGUCAUUCCAGCUCUCCCUUGCCUACCAAAGAUAAAGAUGUGAAACAUGAAGACGAAGAAAAACCUGUGAAGAAAGAAAAGGAAGUUAAAGAGAAAGUAAAAGAAGAAAUUAAAGAAGAAAUGGAUGCUUCAAAAUCUGAACACGACAUGAGUAAAUCUGACCAGUCACCAACGAAAGAAAAUGUAACCUUGAGUGAGGAAGACAAAGACAUCAAAACAGAGGGUGAUAAAUCUGUGGGGCAUGAUGAAGAAAAAUCAAGUGAGAGAACUAAAGAAGUGAAUGGGGAGACUGAGAUGGAUACUUCAGCUGUGAAAUCUGAACAUUCACCAAGUAAGUCUGGUGAAAAAUCCCCAAGUAAAUCGAGUGAAAUUUCACCCAGUAAAACCAGUGACAAAUCACCUGUCAAGAAAGAAGAUGAAGAGACAGUUGUUAAAAUGGAAGUGGAAGAUUCCUCGGUGAAGAAGGAAACUGGGGACUCGCCAGUCAAGAAAGAGGCAGAAGAGUCAUCAGAAAAGAAAGAGGAAGAGGUGGAGGUGAAGAAGGAAGAGGAGGAGGCCAUUGUGAAGAAGGAGUUGUCAGAAUUAGUGAAGGAAGAAGAUGUUCCCCAAGACUUGACCUCUAUCAAAGAAAAGGUCAAAGGUGAAAAAUGUGAUAAAGAGGUGAAAGAAGAAAUCAAAAAUGUGGAUGACACUGAACAGAAGGUUAGGGAUAUAGUGAAGGACAUUAAAAGACAGACAACAGAGGAGAUGGCCAAGUUAGAGAGGCGGAGGGAAAAAGAUACCAAGUGUUCAUACGAGGAGGAGGAGCUCCAGAAAUUUUUGGCCAGAAGAGAAGAGAUGGAGGCAGAAGGGAUGGUAGCAGAUUACUUACCUGAAAGUCAACUAAGUGCAGCCAUCAGCUGGCCAAAGGACCGAGUGUUAUUUCAUCGACUGGAGCACAUUUGUUACUGUGUAGAACACAACGAAUGGCCAUUCCCUAAAAGAAUGUCCUACAUCCCAAUGAACUAUGACUCCCGCAGUGGAACACCAGUAGGAUCCAUGACCCCUAAGGAUGACCCCGAUCUCAGCCAAUCAGACGCUGGAGAUUCGGUGUACGAUGGUGUCAAGGGUGAUGGAUUGAAAAUGACCUUUCACAAGAGAAGAGGUCAAGGUCGUAAAUAUGAAUUUGAAGGCAGUCGGAUGCAGCAGCUGAUGAGCCGCAGCGCGGCGUCCAGUGACAAUGAGAGUCUGUCUGAAACCCCCCGAUCUCAGGUACCUGGUCACCUGUCUCCUAGACACUCCCCUCAUCACUACCUCUUCUCACAGACUCCUGCUGAGUUGUUGAAUGGUGCUGGACCAGAAUUAGACCCAGAGCUCCUAAGAAGAAGCAUGAUGGAGCAUGCACUUUAUUUUGGAGACCGAAGGGGCAGAAGAGGUCGCAAAAGGAAAGCAGAAAAAAUGGCAGAGAUUGCAAUGGCUGAAGCACUGUCCAAGAGGAACACAGCCAGAGCAGCAGCCAGCUUUGAACCUGAGUCCCGUGUUCCAGUCAUUAACUUGGAGGAUGGCAGCCGGCUUUCAGGUGAUGAGGCUCCACUGAAGCGUGACCUCGACAAAUGGUUGGAUGAGCAUCCAGGUUACAUGGUAGACAGACCUCCAGAAAUGUAUAUGGAGGAAGAAGAAAUGCUAGAGCAUGGAGAUAGAAGAAGAGGAAGAAGACCCAAAGUAGACCCAGCUAUGUUAGACCCCAUGAAACUGACAGGAGAGGAAAAUGUAGCUGUGGUCAAUAGAAUCACUGGCAAGAGGAUUACUGGUGCUAAAGCUCCUCCUAUGAGAUAUCUCAGUGAAUGGUUAGAACAAAAUCCUCUUUAUGAUGUAGACCCCAAAUGGAUUGAUAUUGUCAAAUCCAAGGCCAAUUUACCAAAGACUCUGUUGUCACGUGUGAGCACACCAUCAUCAGAACGUCGACGAGGCAGACCAAGGGAGCGGGACCUGUCUACUUCAUUGCUAUCAGACAAUCCCUACAGUGCUGCCUCUCUAGCUGCAAGUAUGUCAGCAUUUCCAGGCCUUGGUCUCAUGUCAGGCUUUGGCAAAAUGCCUCUGGGAAUGCCCUUUGGCACAUUGCCUAAUUUAGGACUGACAAAUCCCAUGCUGGCAGGAUUUGCUGGCUUGAUGCCAGGACUUUCACCAUCUGCAAUGGCCAAGUCAAUGGAAAGUGAGAGCAGAAAAGAAAAGUCCCCCAGCAGUAGCAAGGAGUCAAGCAAAUCCAAGUCCCCAAGCAGCUCUCAGACUCCACACCCUUCAUUCCCCAUGUUGUAUAAUCCACUUCUGUUCAACCCCCUCCUAGCAGCCCAGGCUGCCCAGGGCUUGAACUUCUCACUGCCCACAUCACUGCCCUCGUCUUUCGCCUCCCUGGCCCAGUCAGGUCUUGUUAAUGGACAGGGUGAUUCUGAUCUGGAAGAAGGAGAAAUCAAACGAUACAGCCAGGCAGAGCACCGUGAACAGGAGAUGGCCCAAGAUCUGUCCGUCAGACGUAAAGAGGCCCAUUCUCACCAUAGGAAACGGAAAAGUUACGAAGUGUCUCGGCCGGCAGAAGCAGCAAGUGUUAGGGACGAUCAAGACCAAGCAGCAUGUUUAGACUUGUCUAUCAAAUCAAAACCAAAAGAUUCACCAAAAGCCAGUGAUUUGUCAAGUAGAUCCCAUUCUACUUCAGAAUCACCAAAAGAUAGUUCAAAAACCAAAAACAAAAUACAGGGUUCAUUCAAAUUGGACAAAAUUUUGGACACUCUAAAGGACAAAGUGAACAAAAUGGAAGACAAACCUGUUAAAAAAGAUAAAGACAAAGAGUCAAAGUUGAAUAGCAUUUUAAUGAAAAUAGCCAAAGAGAAAGAUGUGGAUGUGAAUACAUUGAACUCUAUGGCAGUCUCAGACACAUCCCAAACCAAGUGUUCAGAAGGGUCAGAUCUAUCAUUGGGAAAGAAAGAGGGCGAAGCCUCAUCAGAGGAAACUGAAAUGUUGACAAACGAAAGUGAGGACCAGUCAUGAUAAUCAAUAUCAAGAGUGACCGCUGUUCAUUUCAAGACUUUGCUGUGCGUCAGUGUGUGAAACCAUAUCAAAGGUCACCUGUCCAUAUCUGGAAGGGCCACUUGAAAACUGUACAGUGGAAUGCUGUGUUGAAUGUGUUCCAGAAAAAAUGUGACUUGUUUGUUAUUAGUGGAUUUAAUUUAUUCAUUGUGAGUGAGUGGAUAGCCUUCAUGAUAAAGUACUGUACAUGUGUUGACAAAUUCCAGGUCAUGUUUGUCUGCCAAAUAGAGAUAAGUGUGGUUUCCAUGGUUUCACAAAGAUCUCCCCCGAUUGCUCGCCCCUCGGCGGAUUGCUGAUGAGGGGUGGGCACAGUCACUGCAGACACCUCAUCAUUUUCGUUCUCAGGGCAAUAAUGUUAAAAAAAACAAGUAUUACAUGUGUUGGAACAAUUUUUUUUUUUUUUGCAUUGUAACAAUCAAUUCAUCUCGCACAUGUUUGUAUAUAAUUUAUUCAUUGUCGGAAGUUCAAAUGUACCAGGCUAAACCACUGAAAUACUGAUUUUUUUUUAAUGUGUGAUAAGGCCACAAACGAGCAAAGUUAUACUUUGUUAAGACAAGUACGGUUGUGAUAGAAUUGUACAUUGGAUGGUAGAUUUGAAUUUCCUUGUCAUUUUUUACACAUGAUAUUAGUUUCAUAGGCUAUCAUUGCUGUUGUGUAUAUGCAAUUUAAUUUAAGAAUCGCAUUUCUCUGAGAAAAAAAAAGCCAGGUCAGAUCAAAUAACUUACCUGCAAUAAUGACUUGAUGACAGUAUUGACUGUUUCCAAAACGCACCAGAAUAUUGUCUUUCCUAUGCUUUGGUUCAUUGAUUAUGACCUUUUUGUGAUUUGUGAUGAAAAUACUGCUUUACUAUGUCUUUACAUGUUUCUCAGGUCCAUUGGUCUGAAAGGUGAGAUUUCGUCAAAGUCCUUAUCUACAUGUACAUUAAGUGUCUUCAUCUGACAAAAAUUGUGUUUAUACUUAAACUGGGUGGGGAAAAAAGUGCACAUUCCUCAAAGGCUUUUCAUUUGAAUUUAUGUUCACUUUGUUUUGUUGAUAUUGCCUCCAUGUAUUUUAUAGUAGUGCAAAUUCAUCUUGUUAAAAUUGGAGGUGAUCAAAUAAUGAAAUUCAACUAUUUUUCUUUGUCCAUGACAUUGAUAGAAGGUCAUUUUAUUCUAUCAUAUCAAUAGUUUUCCUGCAAGGCAGGCAAUUAUUUAGGUGCAACUGGUGUCUACACCAAUAUUAUGAUUGCUCUUUACACUUUAAUGUAGGGGCAUUUUCCUUUAGAGAGAAGAAAUUGCAGGUGAUUUCUUGCCCGGAAUAAUUUUGUUGGGUGGAUGUUUAGUGAAAUAACGAAUUGUAUGUAUUUAUUUGUUGAGGAAAUUUUGUAUGUAAACUAUUUUUAUUAAACAUGAAUUCAGUAA